AUGUCAUUCACCAUCCAACAACCCCUCCUCUUCCCAAACCCGGCAGCCCACUCAAUCACCUUCCUUCAAAAUACCACUCGCCGGUCGCUUAUUAGGACAGCCAAUGCUGAUUGCGCCCGUAAGCUGUUUGAUGAAAUGCCCAAGUGUACCGCCAAUUUCUCUUCCCACUCCUCUCUCGUCUUGUCCAACACCAAACAAGGGAACUUCUCCCAUGCACUCGAUCUCUUCGUCGAAUUCUUGAAGUCCGGGUGGAGCCCAGAUGAGUCCGCUCUCGCCAGCCUCCUGAAAGCCAGCUCGCGCCUGCCCGGAUCGAGCCUCGGUGAACAGCUCCAUGCCAAGUCAGUCUGUCUCGGCCUCUCUCUGGAGCGCCGUAUUCGGGCUUCUCUCAUAACCAUGUAUUCGACAGUCGGCCUCCUCGAAGAAGCCCGCCAAGUGUUCGACCAAGUCUCUUUAGCUUGCGAAGGCGAUGCACCCACGUGGAAUUCCAUCAUGUCGGCCUAUGCCUACCAUGGCCGGUACCGCGAGUGCUUCGUCUUGUUCGUGGCCGUGCUUGGUGUAGCGCAACCUCUUUUGACUGAUGCAACCUAUGCUAUAAUAAUCCACGCGUGCUCGUCGGGCGAAAAUGUGGAGAUGGGGAAGAUGAUACAUGCAAUGAUUGUCAAGGAGCAGAUGGUGGAGGAUAAGACGAAGAUGCUUAACUCUCUUAUUACCAUGUAUGCAAAAUGCGGUCGCAUGGAUGACGCAUACAAGGUGUUUUGGGCAAUGGAUCGGACAGAUGUGGUUUCGUGGAACGCUGUGAUAUCAGGUCUUGAUCUAAAUGAGGAAUACCAGAAUGCGAUAGAUCUGUUUAGAUUACUGACCCGGCCAGAGGGCCGAAGGCUUCCAAAGCCGAAUAGGAUCACGUUCCUCAGUGUGUUGAGUUGUGUAUCGAGCCUCUCGGCUUGGAGGUUGGGGAGGGAGGUUCAUGCGCAACUGACUAAAUUCGGGCUCGAAUGUGAGACAAGCGUAGGUAAUUCCUUGAUUAUCAUGUAUGGAAAGUAUGGUGACAUGGCGAAAGGAAGAUUGGUUUUCGAUAGAAUGCCUUCUCGUGAUGUUGUAAGUUGGAACUCGCUGCUUGCAGGAUACGAACGGAACAAGCAAUUUGGGCUAGUUCUCGAGUUAUUCAAGAAAAUGGUCUUGCUUGGGAUUAGACAUGAUUUUCAUACUUUAGCCAUUCUUCUUAGUGGAUUGCCAUCUGAUCCAGUAGUGCCUGAUUCUUGCAAGAUAGGGAGAGAAAUUCACGGUUAUAUAUUAAAAAGAGCAUUGCCAAAAUCACUUGAAGUGUUGGUAUGUAACGCACUUAUAAGUAUGUAUGCAAAGAAUGGCAGGCUAGUUGAUGCCGAAAAAAUAUUCAGUAAAAUGGGGGUGCGAGAUUCCCACUCUUGGAAUGCAAUGGUCAGUGGGUGCUCCAUGAAUGGAUUUGGCGAUGAUGCUAUCAAACUGUUCGUUGAAAUGCUUACAAGAGAUUUCGAACCCAAUCACCUAACAUUCUCAGUUCUUCUUACCACAUGCGGCAAGUUGUUUUCUGUAAAAUUGGGAAAACAGCUCCACGGUUCAGCAGUAAAACACUGUCUCCAUACCCCAAGCUCUCGCCAUUUCCUUUUCUCAAUCAACAAUGCAUUAAUAUCCAUGUAUACAAAAUGCGGCAGUGUAAAGGAUGCGGAGGAAGUGUUUCGAGGGAUGGAGAGAUGGGAUGUGUUCUCAUGGACGGCCAUGAUUACAGGGUAUGCACAUCACGGCAUGGCGGAUGAAUCUAUUCAAACAUUCGAGAGGAUGAUAAGGGAUGGCUUCACACCCAACUCGGUCACCUUCCUUGGAUUGCUCACUGCUUGUGCUCAUACUGGUCUAGUUGAAAAAGGUGGCUACUAUUUCACUUUGAUGAGCAAAAGCUAUGGUUUAGAGCCGAACUUCGAGCAUUAUGCUUGCAUGGUUGAUUUAUAUGGUCGGUCUGGUCAAUUCAAUAGGGCCGAAGCUAUCAUUCAAGCUGGAAUUGCGCAUCUAGGAGAAAGCAAAAACUCUUCUCUAUGCCUCUGGAAAGUAUUGCUUGGAGCUUGCCAUGCGCACAAGCAGCUCCAGCUAGGUAUUCGAGUAGCAACAAAGAUUUUAGAGCUUGAACAGGAUGACGAGACCACCCAUGUUCUUCUCUCUAAUCUGUAUGCCUCUUUUGGAAUGUGGGAAGAUGCGGUUGCAGUUAGAAGAUCAAUGCGGGAGAGAGGGCUGAAGAAGGAAGCUGGAUGUAGUUGGGUCGAGGUAGGUAAUAAGAGACAUGUCUUUGUAGCGGGAGACGAAAUGCAUCCGGCACAGAAGAAGAUAUACGAGAAGCUCGACGAGCUUGACCAGAAGUGUAGAAGAAUUGGAUAUCUUCCCUUCACCGGUUGUGUUCGUCAUGAUUUAGAUGAGAUACAAAAGGAAGCAAUUUUGAGUUGCCAUAGUGAAAAGCUAGCAUUAUCUUUUGCCCUAGUACAUAGAGGGUCUAGUAAUGGUGUGAUUAGGGUGUUCAAGAAUUUGAGAGUUUGUACAGAUUGCCAUAAUUGGAUAAAAUUUACUUCACAAGUUGAGGGCGUGGAGAUUGUUAUGAGGGAUUCUCGACGGUUUCACUCUUUCAAGCAUGGCAAAUGUUCGUGUGGUGAUUAUUGGUAA